AUGGAGGCACACUUCAUUUGGGGUGAGGAGGAGGAGGUGGAGGACGAGGAGGAGGAGCAGGUGGAAGAAGGAGAUGAAGCUUCCCCCUCCUCCCCUCUCCUGGUCUGGGGCACCCUAGAGGAAGUGGCAGCUGCUGCAACACCCAGUCUCCCCCAGAGCCCUCUGGGUGUCUGCCCCUCUCCCACUGCCAUGGCUGCCACUCCAGGGAGCCAAUUUGAAGACCAUGGCCUCAAUUACCAGGACUACCUCCUGGUGUUCCUCAAUCAAGCCUCAGAGUACCUUCAGCUGGUCUUUGGUUUAGAGGUGAAGGAGGUGGGCCCCAGUGAGCACACCUGUAUCCUGGCCCCCACCCUGGGCCUCACCCUCAAUGCGAUGCUGAGGGAUGGGCAGAGGUUUCCCAAGGCCAGCCUCUUGGUGGUGAUCCUGUGCCUGAUCAGUGUGGAGGACAAACACGUCCCUGCAGAGGAAAUCUGGGGAGCACUCAGCAGGAUGGCAGUGUGUCCCGGGAGGGAGCACUACAUCUAUGGGGAGCCCAGGGAGCUGCUGAGCCAAGUGUGGGUGCGGGAGAUGUACCUGGAGUACCAGCAGGUGUCUGAUGGUGACUCCGCUGGCUAUGAGUUCCUGUGA